CCGCUGAGCCCGCCCGAGCGCACGGCGCAGGGCGUGCGGUACCGCCUGGGCGUGAUCGCCGACCUGGACACGGACUCGCGCAGCGCCAAGGAGCAGACCUGGUUCAGCUACAUGCGCCGGGGCCACGUGCUGGUGUCGGAGAGCGGGGACUCGGUGAGGGUGGAGUGGGACAAGGAGGACGCGGUGCUGGAGACGCACCUGGCCGAGAAGGGCCGGGGCAUGGAGCUGUCGGAGCUGGUGGCGUUCAACGGGCAGCUGUACAGCGUGGACGACCGCACUGGCGUGGUGUACCGCAUCACGGGCAACAGGGCCGUGCCCUGGGUCAUCCUCCCCGAUGGCGAUGGCUCCGUCUCUAAAGGGUUCAAGGCGGAGUGGCUGGCGGUGAAGGACGAGCGGCUCUACGUGGGGGGCCUGGGGAAGGAGUGGACCACCACCACUGGGGAGGUGGUGAACGAGAACCCCCAGUGGGUGAAGGUGGUGGGGUACCAGGGGGAUGUGGAGCACGAGAACUGGGUGCCCCAGUACAACGCCCUGCGAGCCGCCGCGGGCAUCACCCCCCCAGGCUACCUCAUCCACGAGUCGGCGGCGUGGAGCGACACCCUGCAGCGCUGGUUCUUCCUGCCGCGCCGCGCCAGCGCCGAGCGCUACGACGAGAAGGCGGACGAGCGCCGCGGCACCAACCUGGUCCUGAGCUGCUCGCCCGACUUCCGCCACAUCCAGGUCAGCCGGGUGGGCCAGCUCGACCCCACGCACGGCUUCUCCUCCUUCAAGUUCGUCCCCGACACCGACGACCAGAUCGUCCUGGCGCUCAAGUCCGAGGAGGACGCCGGCAAGAUCGCCACCUACAUCCUGGCGUUCACCCUGGACGGGCGCAUCCUGAUGCCCGAGACCAAGAUCGGGGACGUGAAGUACGAGGGGCUGGAGUUCAUCUAGAGAGCUCAGGCGUCAGGCGUCAGGCGUCGUUUUUCUGACAGUCGUUCCGAGGGGGGGGGGCAGAUAAGUGCCCUUUCUGAGAGAUGGGCCGCGGCGGUGCGGCGUUUCCUCUUGACUGUGCGUUUCGGCCUGGUCCGCCAGGCUUGGCUCACGGUAUCCGUGACAACGGGCCCCCCCCUCCGGCCUCUCCCCAACAACUCUGCAGCCUCACCCUCGACAAGUUUCUGACUUUCUGGAGAGGAGUUUAAAAAGCCAGUCACCUCAUCUUUAACAAAAUGUGCUGUACGUUUAUCGUUAAGGGACCUUGAAACGCCAAGAACAACCACUGCAGAGAAAUGACAGUGUAUCCUCAAACCUGACUAGAUCCAUUUACGUUUACUGUUCGUGAAAGACGCUUGCAGGUCUGACACUGUUUGCUUACUUGAGGUCGGCGUGUUUUAUUUUUAUUUUUUAGGAUUGUUUUUAAUCUUUGUUUUUUUUUUGUUUUUAAAAAAACAAAUGUGAACAAAAGUUCUGCAUCGCCUCGAGGAUCAGUUGUAAAGUUUUGUUUUCCCCAGUAAAAAAAAAAUAUCUUCAAUAAA